CUCUCUGGACCUGUUUGGACCUGCUUGGCCUUCGUCUCUGCCAACCAGCUUACCUUCCGCCGUUUGGACCGUCAUCAGUCGGGUCCAGCCGAACCGGGGCCUUCGCCGAUUGCUCCGAUCCCACGCGAAAAAUAGAAAAACACAAGGUCGAGUGUUUUUGCCCCCGCCUCUUCUCUCUUGAUCCGGGUCCAGCUUGCAAUCGGCAAUGCUCUUCAAUGUUUUCAUAUUUAAAUCGUUUCGACAAUGGCCGAAUCGUCAGAACCACCUGUAGGCCCUGAGCCGCCGGCCAACGCUCUCGUGAGGAAUCAGCGGUCGCCACCUCCAACCGAAAGUCUAGAGCUUCGGGAGAUUCAAACACGAGAGGAUGAUGAGCAAUUAAACUACUCCACGGCGUCCGCCUCCUCUGGGGAGGAAUAUCGAAUGACCACACGAACAGCCUCGCGAACGAGUGUUCGUCGCCCGCGCCCCGAGCGCAAAGGUGCCUGGAAGAAGGUCUGCGAUUUCUGGACUCAUAAUGUCACCAUGACGGUACCUGAGAAGAACAAUCGCGACCACCUAGCCCUCGAAAGAACAUUCCUUGCAUACAUUCGUACAUCGGUUGUCAUUGCGAUGCAAGGGGUUCUAAUCUCACAGCUAUUCCGCCUCCAGCGACCAACCACGCCUCAACAUCGCCUGAGAUUUUAUGACGUCGGUAUUCCACUCGCCGUGACCUGUCACUGUGUGGCCGUUAUAGUGGCCCUAAUCGGCGCGUAUCGAUUCUGGAGACAGCAGAAUGCCAUGUCUUUGGGAAAAGUCCACGCUGGAGGAUGGGAGCUUAAUUGGGUGGGAAUUCUACUCGGCCUGUUACUUUUGGCGACGCUCGUACUAUCCGUGGCGAUUCUUAUCGAGAUUGAUCUACAUCCAUCAACGCUGAUCCAACGACUCUUUUAAUGCCUAAUGAUGAUGAUUGUAUAUAGAGCAAAUAAUGUCGGAUAUCUCGCAGCGGUCACAACUGC